UAGAAAGAAGAAUCUUGUCUUAUAAUAGUAUAUAAUGACUAAGCAAGUUGGUAAGAAAUUUGUAUGGCUGAUUCAAAACUUCUCCUCUUUGCAAUCUGAGAAGUUUAUUUAUUCUGAUCCCGUCCUGAUCGGUGGCUACAAAUGGCGUCUUUGUGCAUAUCCCAAGGGAAACCAGGUCGCUGAUCACUUCUCUUUGUUUCUGCAAGUUGUUGAUUAUAAAUCAUUGCCUUCUGUAUGGAGAAGAUUCGUUAAAUAUCGGCUAACUAUAGUGCCACAGCCGGGGAAAACUCUAGUACAGAGAAAAUCACAUCGCUGGUUUGAUAAAAUGGGUUUUAACUGGGGGUAUGGAUUAAUGAUCCCCCUUACCAAACUGCAAAACAAAGAUGAAGGAUUUCUUGUGAAUGGAGAACUCACUAUUGUUGCUGAGGUAGAUGUUCUUGAAGUUGUUGGCACAGUGGAUGCAUCUGGCAAAUCUAUAGAGUCAAGCUCCCCUAUGAAGAAGAGAAAGCUAAAUAACGCGGAAGCUUCAUCAGUAAAUUGGAUUCAAGUUCUUCCUUCACAAAACUAGAUGCUCUAGCUGAGGAGCAGAAGGCUGUGGUGUC